AUUCUUUGCGACAAAUUAUUAAAAGCCUCUAUUGUAUGCGAUCUUCUGAUCGUUGAAUCAUCCGUGGUAAAAUGUUCACCAUCAGUCAGCGGUCUUACGACAUACUCUGUUGGAAAACUUUCCUGUGGAACUACUGUUACAGACAGUGAUCUAUUUACUGUUGAAGUAAAAUUAGUUAUUUUAGAGACGAUGUUUGUUAAAGCAUCAAUUACACCGCCAAUCAUUCCUGUAACACGAGUGUUACUUUUUUUUUCAUCAGAACUACUUUUUUCUGACUCAAGUUUAGAAUCCUCGGAAUACUCAGCUUGUAAGCGCUCACCACGGCCAAAGAUAUUUGGAGCUUUUCCUUGGAUUAGAACUGAACCUUCAUUGUUACCAAUCAUUGUACUUAUUCCACCACUUAAACGGUUCAGUUCUUUUACAUUGAAUGUUACC